CUAACAAAGGAAUCCAUUGCGAGUGUAUGGAGACUAAACGUCCGAUACUUUAAAUUUGCGGAAAUAUUUAAUAAUUUAAAAAAAUGGCAAAUCGUACCAAACUCGUCGGGGGAAUUCCAAUAAACGUGGACCAAGCAAUUGAAUUAAGAAAAAGUGUAUUUGGGAGUGCAAGUGCUCCGCCAAGAGGUGAAUGGACACGCACCCCACUAUGCUUUUGUUCAUAUAAAGAAGAACAUCCUUACGGUUUGCGCUCCCCAAAAAAUGCUAGCAGAGGAUUACAAUCAGUUUUACAAGCAUAUAUAAUGAAGCACUUUUUGUUCAGCAUACGACCACGCGGGGAGAAAAAAUCUGUACCCAUUGACAUAUUAUUAAAACCAACCGAAGCACAACAAAAUGAAGCAUUGAUCGCGGCCAUUUCCGAAAUUCUUUGGAAUAUUGGUGAAAAGGUUAAAGUGGUAAUUGUUUUGACUGGUGAAACAAAUUUGAUACCACACAGCCACACGUAUUUCCAAGAUUCCGUUACUGAAAAGCUACUUCUUUUCGAGUUUACAAAAUUGGACGACUUGGAGAUAUUUUUAAAGAGAUAUCUAUACUUCUUUUGUGAGGAAAAUGGAGCUGGUGCAUUGCUGUUUCUUUACAGUGCCGUUUUGACCCGUACUCCGUCAAAGGUCAUAACGGAUCUAGAUGGUCCCAAGGGUACUUAUUUGAUGGGAACAAGUGAGGAAGGUUCCUUGAAUAUCGUAACUUUAUUGCUCACUGGCCAUGCCACUCCGUAUUUGCAUAAUGGGGUUAUAUAUGUUGGUGAUGAAGACCAUUAUGCCUUACCUCAGUUUGGAAUAUUGUCUAGGUCUUCUAUUGGGUUGCUCAUUUUGGAAAAUGAAAGUCAUGCCUCAUCACUUUUAAGUCGUCAACCGGGUUCUAGAUUAAAAACACCCGCUCUACCAAUUUGGGUGUCCAUUAUUUGCGGACACUAUGGUGUGAUGUUCAACUCAAAUCGUGAACUACUUCGCAACUAUCAUGCUGAAAAACGUUUUGAGCUUCAUUAUUAUACUUGUGCUGGAAAUUACCUUGUAAUGACGAUUGAUAACCGUUCACAAGCCGACAAUGAUACCAUGUCAAACAAUGCAGGAAACAGUAAUAACGUUCCCACUGUAUCGCGUGACGAUGGUACAACAUCACUUAUCAGUCGACUGAUUCACACAAAAUGGGCUGAUGCAAAAAUAUCGAUCAAGGGUUCCCCUUCAUCCUCUUUGCUAAUGUAAAAUAGUUGAAAUGCCAUUUAAA